UCAUCUCGCCUUUUCCGACUGUGGGCUCCGUAGUCACCUUUUCUACCUCUUGUCACGCUUACAUCUUUCCUCCUUCUCUGUUCCCCUCCUCUUCUCUCCUCUAUCCUGUCGCCACACAUUCUCAGAGUUCGAGGGGAUUGGCUCUUCCAGGGAGACAGCAGAUAUUGCCUAUCGCGCAGACCAGGAUCCUUCUUUACCGCCUCGCGCUCUCCUGUCUCUUGAUAUUCUCCUUCUCUUCCUACCUUUCGCCGUCCAAAUAGCUAUGGGCGUUGGAGCCUUCAUCGAGCCACUCGUCGUGGUGACACUGCUCUUUGGUGGCACAUGGGUCAACCGGAACACCAGGUAUCGCGUAUUUGACCGCCGCCGAUCCCGAGUACAGUCGCCACGCUCGUCCUCCCCAGAUUCCAUUGAAUCCGGUCGCUCCAGCCCACGGUCUAGCGCAUCUCUGCUCGACGACCAUCGCGCCGGAUCGCCCUCCCUCCUCGCGCCACAAGAACCGAGCUGGCGGAAACGAGAGAUACGGAUACUGGGAUACAGGAAGGAGGUCGUGUCGCCGAACACGCGGAGAUUCGAGGACUACUUCUUGAGCAGGCUGCUGAAGAAGUUCCCGUUCCUGGUUGAGGCUUGGUACUGGGCGCUGAUAUACUGGGUAUACCAACUCGGUCGAGCUUUUACAGCUCUUACUCUGGUUGAGGAAACCGUGGACGUCGCGCGGCAACAUGCUCUUCAACUCAUCCAUCUUGAGCAGCGCCUGCAUAUUUUCCUUGAGCUCGAUGUCCAGCACUGGUUCUUGAAGCAUCCGUUCCUCAUGCACUGGACGAACCGGAUAUACUCCUUCAUCCACAUCCCGGGUACUAUUCUCUUCCUCGUCUGGCUGUACUACUACACCACGACCCGCAACCGACUGGAUCUCCCCUUUGCGAACAAGCCCGUCGAAGAAGCAGACGGCUCGCCCGCAGGACCGCGCCUUUAUGCUGCGCGCCGGAGGACGAUGGCUGUCUGCAACCUACUCGCGUUCAUCGUAUUCACACUGUGGCCGUGCAUGCCGCCGCGUCUGCUCUCAGAUCCGGAUGUCCCGGGGGACAUUGGCAAAGAAGCUCGAAGCUAUGGGUUCGUGGACACCGUCCAUGGCGCGGAAGGAGAAAGCAGCGUAUGGACGCAAAACAAAUUCUGCAACCAAUACGCCGCGAUGCCGUCCUUACAUUUCGGUUACUCGCUCCUCAUCGGCCUCACGGUCAUGACCAUUCCUCUCGCGUCGCAGCACCGCCGAUCUAGGACUCUUUCCAUCCCGGUCACCCGGCGCCGCAGCCUCCGCCUUCGACUACUGUCCCCGCGGCGCCUCGUGUGCCUGCUCAUCGGCCUGGCGUAUCCGACUAUCAUCCUUAUCGCGAUUGUUGCGACAGCGAAUCAUUUCAUACUAGACGCCGUUGCGGGCGCGAUGGUCUGCGGUCUUGCAUGGACGGGUAACCGUGUGUUAUUGAACCUCCUGCCGCUAGAGGAUUACUUCCUUUGGUGUGUAAAGAUCCACAAGCCAGAGCGGAGGGUCGCGUUCUCGGACAGCGACGACGAGGACGCGGGAUGGGGCCAGGACAGGGUCGUGGUGAAGGCUGCCGUGAACCAUUAAUGGAGCGGCGGCAUCUACACCGUCAGGUGACUAGACGUCCCUUCCAUCCGGCCGCGAUAGAGAAAGAGUCGAUGACGUUUAGGUAAUGGCAGCGGUGUUCUAGAAGACCCCAUCGACUACCUGCAGACGGCGU